CCUGCCUCUUGCUCUUUCUCUAGCACGGUCCCACUCUGCAGACUCAGUGCCUUAUUCAGUCUCCUCUCUCGCUCUCUCCGCUGCUGUAGCUGGACCCUUCGCCUUCGCCACCGCUCAGCAUCUGCACAUCCCUUACAAUGGCUAAAACAGCAAUGGCCUACAAGGAAAAAAUGAAGGAGCUGUCCAUGCUGUCACUGAUCUGCUCUUGCUUCUACCCGGAACCUCGCAACAUCAACAUCUACACUUAUGAUGAUAUGGAAGUGAAGCAAAUCAACAAACGUGCCUCUGGCCAGGCUUUUGAGCUGAUCUUAAAGCCACCAUCUCCUAUCUCAGAAGCCCCACGAACUUUAGCUUCUCCAAAGAAGAAAGACCUGUCCCUGGAGGAGAUCCAGAAAAAACUGGAGGCUGCAGAGGAAAGAAGAAAGUCUCAGGAGGCCCAGGUGCUGAAACAAUUGGCAGAGAAGAGGGAGCAUGAGCGGGAAGUCCUUCAGAAGGCUUUGGAGGAGAACAACAACUUCAGCAAGAUGGCAGAGGAAAAGCUGAUCCUGAAAAUGGAACAAAUUAAGGAAAACCGUGAGGCUAAUCUAGCUGCUAUUAUUGAACGUCUGCAGGAAAAGGAGAGGCAUGCUGCGGAGGUGCGCAGGAACAAGGAACUCCAGGUGGAACUGUCUGGCUGAAGCGAGGGAGGGUAUGGCACGCCCCACCGAUAGUAAAUCCCCCUGCCUAUAUUAUAAUGGAUCAUGCGAUAUCAGUAUGGGAAAUGUAUGACAUGGUUUAAAAAGAACUCAUUAUAAAAAACAAAAAACAGAAUCAAAAAUUUAAAAAAAGUCAAUGCGGUCUCUUUGCAGAAUGUUUUGCUUGAUGUUUAAAAAAUACCUUGGAUCUUAUUUUGUAAAUACUUACAUUUUUGUUAAAAAAUACAAGUAUUGCAUUAUGCAAGUUAUUUCAUAAUCUUACAUGUCCUGUAACAGGCUUUUGAUGUUGUGUCUUUCCACUCAAAUGGAUUUGCAAGGUCUGUUCUUUUUGAAGCUCCCCAUGUCUAACUCCAUUCCCUGCCCUUUUCAUCCUAACAGAAAAAUGAGGUCAGUAGACAGUCUAUGGUGCUAGAAACCCACCAUUGCCUAAUGACCUAGGUGACUUUGUAGUCUCUGAGCUUGACCAAGACCAUACCUAGACCACAGGUAUUGACUCCACAUGAACCUCCACAUUUGUUUGCUCAUAAUCUACUUACUGCCUAGAAACUACAAACCAGGCUAAGAUAAACCACCAGUCAUAGCAUUUACUUCUGCUUCUCCUGGAUUAUGUGCUGCAAAUGUGCUUUGGCUUUAGAAAGGGAUGGAUGAGAAGACAGAUCUGAGAUCAAUCCGGGUAGAAGCAAAAGGUUGAACCUUUUAAAGUGCUGAACACAGAUCCACAUCCAAAUGGUUCAAGCAGCCGCAAAAAUCACUCUUCAUAAAGUGGGCUGACUUCUCUAGUUUAAGUUCUUUUGAUGGAAUGAAUUAAUGUGUCAGGUGGCUUAUUUGUGGAUGCCAUGAUUGAUGAUGUUCAUUUUAAGCUUUUACCUAUAGUACAAGUACAUGAUGCUACUGAAUAUUUUUCCACUUGGAAACUGUGAGCUGGUUGUUGCAUUCAAACACAAACAAAAUCAAAAGCACUGCGGACUUCCACUCAAGCUGGUCUUUCUUCCCCAGUGUGAGGCAUUCCUGCCUAUUUAAACAAAGAAAAAAGAAAAAAAAAAUAUCACUCCAUCUGUGAAGCUGAUGCAGUCAAAGGGGGCUAGGCAGGGCAUU